AUUAUUUUUGCCAAGAAUGUCGACUCAAUUUGGGCAAGAACUAUGAGCACACAGCUUUCUGCUAACAUAAACCGGAAACAAAAUAACGAUGAUGAAGACAAUGAGGAUUGUGAUGUUGGAACUGGCGAAGAAGGUGCUAAGCAAAAAGAAAAAGCUAAGAAGAAGAAAAAGGGAACAUUUAAUGUUGAAGAAUUUCAACUCCUUCCUUUUCUCAAUACUGAUAAAAAUAUUGAUAUGGAACUAGACAAGAAAGAGAAUAAACUAGCAAAGCAAUCAGUAGUGAGUCAAGUGAGUCGUGAUGACACGCCGUCGAAGCAGCAGAUCUGUGAAAAACAAGAAAUUUUGGCUGCGGCUGAAAGGUCAGAUCAUUGAUGAUCGAUUAACCUUACCUAAGUUAUAAGUUAUCAUUUAUCAAAUAAAGUUUGUGCUGAAAGUCAGACUUUCAUGGAUAUUUUAUCGAAGUUUUGGAUUCAGUUUCUCAUCCUCAAAGCACCAGCAAUUCACUGAGGUCGCAGACAGAGCAAGGACACAUGGCUUGUAGUAGACUUCCUGCAAGUUUACUAUCUUAAAAGCAUUAUUAUUAUUACCUACUAAAAUAUUAUCUAAUAGAUGUCUGAACUAACGGACAUUGCCAGGUCAUCUUGUUAAGAGAGAAAAUUCAAAUAACCUUUUGAUUAUUGUUGGCCAAUGCUGAUUGAAGUUUGAAUUUACUUUCUGCACAUGAUGACUCGGAUGUUGCAGCACCAUUAUUUUAGAGUUCAUGCCAAAUAAGUUCAUCCACUCAUAGAGAAAGACAGUAAAUUUGCUAUCUUGAUUCUUGUAUUUAUUGUCAAUCCCUAACUAAAGACGGCUGCGGCUAAUCUUCUGCCACCCUCCAAAA